AUGGACUGCACCUGCCUGUCCGACCUGCUCCUCACGGCGCCCGUGCCCGCGCUCUGGGCCCCAGGUUUCGCGUUCCCCGAGUGGGCGUACAAGGCGGAGUCGAGCCCCGGCUCGCGGCAGAUCCAGCUGUGGCACUUCAUCCUGGAGCUGCUGCGGCAGGAGCAGUACCGCGAGGUCAUCGCCUGGCAGGGCGACUACGGCGAGUUCGUCAUCAAGGACCCCGACGAGGUGGCGCGGCUCUGGGGGGUGCGCAAGUGCAAGCCCCACAUGAACUACGACAAGCUCAGCCGCGCCCUCAGGUAUUACUACAACAAGCGGAUCCUGCACAAGACCAAGGGCAAACGCUUCACGUACAAGUUCAACUUCAGCAAAGUGGUGCUGGUGAAUUAUCCCCUCCUGGAAUUGGGGGGGGGGGCUCCGCUGCUGCUGACCCCCGGCCCCUGCCCCGCCCCCGGCCCCGAGUGCGGCCCCGGCACCCCCGAGACGCUGCAGUCGCUGUUCUGCGUCCCCCGCCCCGCAGACCCCCCCGGGCGCCCCCCUCUGUUCGAGAGACCCCCCGAGCCCCCCCAGAAGCUGCGGCUGGAGGCGGCCGCGCCCUUCCUGGGCUCCGGUCUCUCGGGCUACUCCAAGGCCCCGGCGCUUUUGGGGGCGGGGGGCUACGGGCGCCCCCCCCCUCCCCGAAGCCCCCCCCGACCGCAGCCCCCCGCCCGCGGGAAGGGCCCCGCCCGCACCUGA